AUGGGGGAAGAUCGGUGCCCGCAGUUUGAACCUUCUCUAUUCAUCUCUACUACCGCGACGUUAUUUUUUCAUAAGAAGCUGGUGGCAGCCUACCAAACUGGCGCUAAUGGUUCCGAGGAAUUCUGCUUUAGUCCGUUUGUCCUACUACUUCGUCAAAAUGGAAAACCUCCUUCCACUUCUCCUGGGCACUGGAAAUGUGGUACAACUGGACCACUAACGCAGCCAAACAGGGUUCGUAUAAGACAAGAGUCCAUAACAUCUACGCGGAAGCUUCCUGCCCGGAAAUCGGCAGCCAUGCGGUUACUGUCAUCCAAGCAAGAUCCGAGACCUCCGGCCACCCGCUGA